UCAAACUAGCAGAAACUAGUGUGUGAGUGAAAACUUUUAUAAAGCAGUGUAUUUUGUGUCAAAGACACAAAGUUUCAGCGACUAACUAUCGCUGAUCGACACAUAACCAAACUAUGAUGACAGCUAUUUACUCAUUUAUUAAAACGCUUAUAGCAACCAAAAUGCCAGCACCUUUAGGCUUGACGUAUCAUCAGCUUUAUCAGAACAAUUUUGAAGAGCAGCAGAACUGUUCCAACUCCGCAAACUGCACAGAUGGAGUACACUGGAUCUGGGUUGUCAUGAAUGAUUGUGUGUGUGACACAAGAGGAGUUGUAUCAACAUUAUUUGGUAUAGCAUCUGUUUUUAUAUGGAUGAUGGUCGGCAUUCCCCAGAUGAUUCAAAACUGUCGACAUAUCCAGGGUAUGAGGGGCAUCUCUGUAUUUCUGCUGGCCCAGUGGAUGUUGGGAGAUACUACUAAUUUAAUUGGUUGUAUUCUAACAAAGCAACUUAAAGUUCAGAUCUAUGUGGCGAUCUACUAUGUAUCUGCUGAUUGUGUUCUCUUGAUACAGUAUGGUGCAUACUUGAUUCAUCUUUACCGCAAGAAAAACAAACCCAAACAGGUCUUGUCUCAAGUGGUGCUGUGUCUAAGUUCUCUCCUGCUGUUAUCUACCUACUUGCUGUCAUUCCUUCUACCUGAUGCACACCAGCUUUACAACGCCAAGCCAGCUUCCUUCAACAGACCACCAGCAAGAACACUAUUGUAUGCAGUUGACCAACGACCACCCUUCUUUUAUGAUCAGGUUGACAUCAUUGGCUAUGUGGUUGGCAUUGUGUCUUCUCUCUUUUACAUUGGUUCCAGGCUGUCCCAGAUUGUUAAGAAUUACCGGCUGCAGUCAACAGCAGGGCUGUCAGUAUUCAUGUUUAUUCUGGCGGUGCUUGGCAAUUUGACAUACGGUGUUGCCAUCCUGGUGCGUUCACUGGAAGAAGUCUAUUUGGUUCGUCAUCUGCCUUGGAUUUUUGGUAGUCUUGGUGUCAUUGCUCUUGACCUGACUCUGUUAACACAGUUUUACAGGUACCGAAACAUUGUGUUUGACAUUCUUGCAAAAGCUCCAUUGAUUCAAGUGCCAGACACAGACUGUGAGGAAAGCUAUGGCAACCCCAUUCAUGUAACGUGAUACUGCUGGCAGAGUUCCUAAGUUGGACAUGCCGUUGUAUCUUUACAUAUAUGCUUAUGUAUCCACCUCAUCCAGAUUUCUUGUGGUUGUUGUUUAAAUGGGUUUGAUUAUAAAACCACCUUUACAUCUGCAUUCCAACCAAAGUUAGUUUUUAGUGUAUACAGUUGCCUUUUUCCCCUUUGUUGCUAUUUAAUAUGUAUUCUUGAUAUGUUUCUGCAGGGUUACCAUUCAGGCAUACACACAUAAAUUUUUAUCAUCCAUCUUAAUUACUUUCAUAAGACAGUUGAUUGUUACUUGUACAUUUGAAAUAAUGACUUGAAUUUAGGUACCAGGGAAUUUCUUUGUUUCUAAUGAAAACUAUCCUUAGAGAAUCCAAUGUACAUAUGAGUGACUUUAAGUGCAGCACGGAAGAUUUGAAGAGAGUGUGACAGAGAGCAUAGGGGAGUGCAUGGUAAUGGAACAAAAGUGCUGAUGAAGUAGAGCAUGCACAUUUGUUUAUAUAAAACUCAAAUGGUUUCAUAUUGCACUUUUUUAUAUAAAAAGCUAAAUUUAAAACAAAUGGUUUCACAUAAAUUAUCAGCUAAAAGGUAAAAAUAAUUUGUAUUUGCAAUUGUCUGUAAUUAUAAAUCUAUCAACAGUUUUACUUUACUAACAAGGAAUCUGCAACCUGAAAAGUCGUUUUUGAAGUAGAGGGGCUGAAUCUGCUGAUACUCAUUUCUUUAUUACAAGCAAUGUUUUUACUAUAAUAACUUCUUUAUCUGAGUGCAAUAGACAAUAGCUGUGUCACGACUAGUCACCCUCUUUUAUUUCAGGUCCUAUUUCCAUUUCUUUUUCUUUUAUUUUGACAGUCAUUCUCACAUCCUUAUACUUGUAUAAAAUAUGUAUUUUUCAUUAUUUCUGUAUAAUCUUGUUCUCUUCUUUUUCACUGCCUCUUAUUUCUUACAUACUUUUAUUAUUUAUGUCACACACAUAGGCAUUACUUUUGCAAAACACACAGAGAGAUAUCUGUCACAAAAUAAUUUCUCCAGAAUCUUUCAGAACCUUACCAUUAUCCUUCAUCAAUUCAACAUAGAAAGAGUGCCUUUUCUUUUCUUUUUUUUUUUCACCAAUACAUAGUCUUUCCACUUGUUCUUCACACAAACCCUUAUAUCAGGAUUCAUGGUUCACUUGCCUUUGUGCCUUUGCAUGCUUAUUUUAUUCUGUGUGUAUUUUUAACCUGUUGACCCAUACUUUCGUGUUCUCCUUGAAGUGUUUUUUUUUUUAAUCCAUUUUCAAGAAAAGUGUGAUCCCUUGAUUUUCUUGUCUUUUCGUCAUGGGUCAAAAAGAAUUGCACGUUUCCUGUUAACCUUCUUAGCAUUGCAUAUAAGUAUCUACAAAGACAAUGGCUAAUAAUUGAAGACCGUGAAGACAACAGUGGAUGAUGUUUGUUUUUAUCAUUGCUGCUCUCAAGUAAAUAUUAGACCAUUUUUGGAAAAGAGAAAGCUUGAACUUUGCAAUAAAAGUAAUGAAAAUUGGCAAAGCAGAGAUCGAGGCUUAUCAUGCUAUAAGGGUUAAGGAGCAAUGAGAAUUUUAUUCCUUUACUCACUCAAAAUUCUAGUCAGUUUUGACUUCUCUUGUUUAACAUACUGGUGUGAUGUUUGAUUACCUAAGAAUUUUGCAUAACAUUUUAUGAACCGUUAAAUGAAUGUUAAAUCUUAAUUACUCUAACUGUUAAUGUAAAAACGUGAUCACUCUAAUCUAGAUAUAGACUGGAUAGAGAAAAUCAGUACUAUAAUAUGUGCUCAAUAUUUAAUAGGCAUUUUUUUUUUAUCAAUUACGAUAAUUAUCCUCCUGACAGAUUCUCCAUUAUGAGCUUAUUUAUGCUAAAUAAGUUCUAAAGUUAGAGCAAACAGUACUGCAGUUUGUAAACAUUGCACUACAAUAAGAUUACAAGAAAUGAUUUUAACAUGUUUAUUUGUGCACAUUUUGCCUAUAUCGAUAUAGCAGCUUACUGAUUUUUAUUUUCUUUGAACUGUAAAAAUAUUUUUGCAGAUAUUCUGAACAAAAUUGAGUUCAGAUCUGGUAUCUUAUGUUUAGAGAGGCCUCGUGAGGAAAAAUCUGAAAAUAAUGAGAUGGAUUGCUGUUUGAUGACAAGUACAUUGGGUGCAUCUAUUUUUGGUUUUGUUUUUUGUUUUGUUUUUUUCGUUAACAUUAAAUCAUUGUCUUUAUAGUUUGUUUUUCAGUUGCUCCAAUGGAGUCAUUUUGCUCCUCCCAGGUUUGGCAGAACUAAUUUGAUUUUUCGUUUUCAUGUUCAGGACAUGUCUAUGAGUGUACUAUUUUAUUGCCAUGAUCUUUUAUUUUCCAACAGCUGUACAAUUUUGCCAAAUUGUCUGUUUUUGAAUCUCUGUCAGGAAAAAAAUGAUUACUGAGAGUUUAUCUUUUUUUUUUUUUUUAAUUUUAAAUUUCUUGCGGCGAAACUCAGUGUGCUUUUAUUUGGAGGGAAUGAUUUUUCGCUUUCAUGUUCAGGACAUGUCUAUGAGUGUACUAUUUUAUUGCCAUGAUCUUUUAUUUUCCAACAGCUGUACAAUUUUGCCAAAUUGUCUGUUUUUGAAUCUCUGUCAGGAAAAAAAAUGAUUACUGAGAGUUUAUCCUUUUUUUUUAAUUUUAAAUAUCUUGCGGCAAAACUCAGUGUGCUUUUAUUUGGAGGGAAUGGUUGAGUGACGCGAGCCGUUUUCCAGCGGGAGCAAACCACCUUGCGGUGUAGUGAUCCCGGAGGUUUCGAUUCGCUACAGAAUGGUACUACUACUCACGUACUCAGAACUAAAGUUUUACUGCUUUUCACAGCAGGACCAGCCGCCUUUCGGUAAACAGGUGCAAGCGCUGACUUUUGCUUGCUAUUUAUACGGGACAGUUUUGCCUGCUAUUUAUACGGGACAGUUUGGGUGCUGCGUCACCUGCUGUUGUCCGUCUCGCGCGACCAAGCGUGGGGUGGAAGGGGAUGUGGGUUGUGGGGAACAAGCACUGUCGGUGGUACACGCUGCCCUAAACAAGCCCUCCCACUACAACUGUUUCACUCCUUUCCCCCCGAAGGCUUUUAUCGUCAGAGCUAAAUCGCCUCGAGCAAAGCGGAGAGUCGGCCUAAGUACGACUAAGACCACUUGACACCACUACCCUCAAAUAACAGAAAGGCCGCCAUCUGUCGGGAGUUUAUCUCUGCUCCCUGGUUUGGCCCUUGGUUCUUUUUAGGCGCAGUGACCUCUCAGCAACUUGUCUACUUACAUGACCAAUGGACAGGCGGCAGGCAUGUGAAGACUACAUAAGUGGUCAAUCAGCCACCUGUAACUGUCAUGGUGUCUGCGCGCGUUUAAUUGUUUGUGCCGACAUCAUCACCAAAUGUUGGUCUUAGUUUAAUCAAGGCAUUUCCUCAACAUUACUUCACUUGCGUUGUAGCAAAAAUUAGGGUAGAUUUUGAUUACUUUCGAAAGAAAGAUAAGAGAUAUAGAGAAAGACAAAAAAGCAAUAAAAAUAAAGUUUGAAAAUUCA